UCAGAGGGUAUGAAGCAAAGUGGAAUAUACGAAAAGUUUCAUUGCAGUUUGUAAGUUUAACUCAGUGGGAAAAAACAUGGAUAGAUGUAUUUAAAUCGAAAGCUACAGACGAAUGAACAGAUCGCACCGCACAUCAAUAAGCCGAUUAAGAAGAAUCCAUUUCAAGCAACAUUAAAGAAAUUGAUUGCUCAUAAGACACGCCGCGGACAGCUUAUGCGGAGGCAAAACAAAGUCAAAGACACGUGGUAAAUAUUUUCCUAGACGAUAACAGAACACGUGUCGACGGGUCAGCUGAUGUUUCGUGGACCCAAGGUCUACCCAGCGAAAGGACAAAGGGGUCACGUGAGCAACGCAACGAGAUUUUGAGCAAUUUAAAUCAGGAUUCGCGUAAUCAAAUAUACCAAAAAAAUCCUCAUUACCAAUAUCCUUGUGACAAUUUCGCACGUGAAAGAUUUCCAAAUAUCGUUAAUGAUGGCCCUAUAGACUAUCCAAACUUAACAGAAAAUAACCAAACACCAAUUAAAGUAAAGAACCAAAGCAAUUGCGCCAAUCUUUGGAAUUUAAAAGACGACAUACGCAAACAUUUAUUUACUGAUACGUUUGCUACGCAACACGUGACAUCGGGUUUCACGUCCUUUCAAAUAAGACGUUAUUUACCACGUGGCAAUUUGCCGGAACUGCUGGAUGUGUAUAAACUUGAAGAGGACCUUGUCACAGCGAAGUCGCAGGAAGAAUUCUUUAGAUACAUUCAAGAGUUGGAAAACUCAUCAUACGUUUGCGGAGACCAAGACCCCGGCAGUGGCGUUAAUGCUUCAACAACAAAAACAACAAAGACACAACAACGGCACUAACUUUAAAAUUACCUUCGGAAUCAUUUAGAGUUUGCAAUCAAACAAGCUACGAAGAAGAACGGCGCGAAAUGCCUGAAAUAAACGGAGUAUUGAACCCGUCAUUUUUGCACGACGUUACGGGAACGAGUCAGGUCGGAACGGGCCACAAACCGCACGGGAAAAGACAAACAGACCCGAUCAAUGUUAAUCAAAGCGCCGUUAUUAGAAUACCUGAAGACAAACAGAGAGUUGUGAAAAGUGAUUCGGCACCACCGGAAAAGGCCCCUGCGUCAGAUCAUGAUGUCAAGGUCACCAUUACUGAUUAUACGAAGAAAGAUAAAACGACGUUGUGCCAACAGGACUCGGCCGUACUUUUGCGCCCGUUAGCAAGGCGAAGGCCUGGUACGGUUGUCGAUAGUCUCCGUAAGGCAGAAAACCCUCCUCCGUUGGACGAGGAUUAUUUACGAAGUUCCUUAAAUUUUUCCGAAGAACGAAUAAAAGGAAGAAAACUUAUGUAUAUGCAGAUGGGACCGAUGACCGACGAAGAUGCAAAAUGGCUGAACGGACUUGAGUGUAAAUUCAAGGAAUUCGCAGGAGAUGACGGUCAAAUAGACCAACAAGAAUUUCAAAAGGCUCUUGGACUCAGAAAAUCGUUCUUUGCGGAACGGUUUUUCGAGCUUUUCGAUUUGGACGGAAGUGGCGACAUCAAACCGGAGGAGUUGGUGACCGGAAUGCGCAUGCUCCUGAAGGGCACUCCUGCGCAGAAACUGCAGUUCCUUUUUGACGUCUACGAUGCCGAUGGAAGCGGUAGCAUAGACCGUGAUGAAUUAAUGAACGUACUCAAGGCGUGCAUGGAGGAAAGCUCGCUUUCACUGACUGAUGAAAACUUAGCAGAUCUUACGGACGCUCUAUUUGACACCGCGGACGAAGAUGAGUCUGGUACGAUCACGUUUGAGGAGCUCCGAAAUGAGUUGGAGAAACAUCCGGGCGUUAUAGAGAACCUAACAAUCAGUGCCGCACAAUGGCUGCGACCCCCAGACAAAAAGAACGAUGGUAAAAGUCGCUUCCGGUACUUCACAGCUGACUACUGCAAGAACAACCUACGUAAAGUCAUCUACUUUUGGUUGUUUUGGAUUCUCAAUGCGGUCCUCUUCGCCAUGGCGAUGUACCAGUAUCGCGCAUAUAACGUCUGGCUUAUGCUUGCGAGAGGUGGGGGCUUAUGCCUGAACUUCAACUGUGCCUGGGUACUCGUACUGAUGCUACGCAAGUGUAUCACCUUUCUGCGCAUGACAAAACUAUGCCAAGUGCUUCCGUUCGACCAGCAUAUUCUCUUCCAUAAGAUGACUGCCUUCGCCAUAGCGUUCUUUGCGGUGGAACACAUGUUGGCACAUAUUGGCAAUGCUGUGGUUUUGACGGUUGGUAACGCUGCGAAUGAGACCCAAACUUGGGAGGUGUUGUUCACCACAGUUCUCGGCCUUGGGUUGGUCGAGGGCUGGGCCUAUAUUACUGGAUGGAUUCUAAUGGUCAUCUUGAUAGUCAUCGUCAUCUGUUCUCAUCCGUUCGUAAGACGCAGCGGUCAUUUCCAGGUAUUUUACUGGACGCACAUGUUGUACGUCCCAUUCUGGAUUCUACUCAUUUUACACUGCAAGCGAUUCUGGAUGUUCAUUGUUGGCCCCGGUGUACUCUUCCUUUUGGAGAAAGUUUCUAGGUCCAAACUGAUAAAGAUGGCGCGUUUCGGAGAUACCUACAUCGAAGAAGUGAACUUACUGCCUUCCGGUGUCACUCAUCUUGUUAUCACCCGGCCGACCAACUUCCGGUUUCGCCCGGGGGACUACAUUUUCAUACAGAUACCGGAAAUAGCAACGUACGAGUGGCACCCUUUUACCAUCAGCUCGGCACCUGAAAUGGAAGGUCACAUAUGGUUGCACGUGCGAUCAGCAGGACAUUGGACACGGAAGCUGUAUGAAUACUUCGACAAGCACGACGUUAAUGCCGCACAAAAUGCAGAUCAAACCGCCGUCAGACGCAGAGGUACAUCCAAGAAGUUUGUAAAAAUAGAACAAGCAUAUGCACGCCAGAGUGAGGCGAGAAAAUCGAGAGCCUCCCGAAAGUCAAGCAGCAAACCGUCCAAGCAAACGCAUAAAGUCGUCAAUGUCAAGUGCUUUAUCGACGGUCCAUACGGCACGGGAACCAGAGAGGUCUUUGACACGGAACACGCCGUGUUGAUUGGUGCUGGCAUCGGUGUCACGCCAAUGGCAUCAAUCCUCCAGAGUGUCUGGUACAGGUUCACCGCAUUGAAACAGACGUGUCCGAACUGCGACCACGUGUGGUACCCAAUAGAAGAGGAGGAGAUGGACAUGAACUUGAAAAAGGUGGACUUUGUAUGGAUAAAUAGAGACCAGAAAAGCUUCGAGUGGUUCCUUACUCUACUGAACCAGAUAGAGAUGGAGCAGAGCGAUCAUCAUGGGCCUCUGGAGAACUGCAUCCAGAUGCACAUGUACAUGACCGCGGCGCAGAAGAAAACUGAUAUGAAAGGGAUCGGGCUACAGAUCGCGCUGGAUCUUAUGUAUGAGAAAAGCCACAGAGAUUUGAUCACGGGGCUUCGAACUAAAACAGAGCCCGGUCGGCCAAACUGGAAUAAAAUAUUCAAAGCCAUCAAAGACGAGAACAAGGGAAAGGUCAAGGUCUUUUUCUGCGGAGCACCUGCACUUGGAAAAACUGUCAAAGAAGCCGCUGCAAAAUUUGGCUUCGCAUUUUCUAAAGAAAACUUCUAAUACUGGAAAAAAUGUCGUUACAAUGUUAAAGCAUUUUUUGUGAUCAAACAAAUUGAUUAUCAGAUUCAACAUUUUCUUUUUUAUGAUUUUAUAAUUUGAACUGUGAGAAAAAAAGCGAAUUUCAACGCGAAUAUUGAGGAACGAAGUACGAUGUAGCAGUUUAAGAAGUUCCUACGCCAGAUAGUCGUAUGAAAUUGAUCCGGGUCAUUUUGUGUAUUCAAAGUUUGGCAAUAAUUUGCCCUUAAAUAAAAAGGGUCAUAUUGAA